AUCAUCUCUCCCUAAAUCCUACCAACAAUAUAUUUUCCAAAAUGUGCUGUGGUCGCCGCAACAACAACAAAACCAACUUCUGGGCUGUAGCUCAGCAGGUCCUAAGUCGACCGGUCGCAACCUCCUCUGUCAAUACUGGCGAACCCUUGGGGCCUCCCCCAGCCUACGAGCAUGUCGAACAUCAGUCCACCAAACUCGGCAAGAACAAAGAUGCUUCUACGACAGCUCUCAUCGAGGAACACAAUCCAUCAAGCAUACGCAGUGUUCCUCAAUAUGCCAGCGUCGACCCUCUUGUUGACUCCUCGUUGAACAAUACCUCGUCGCACGCUACCAAGUCGACAUGCCAGAGUAGAUGUGCAGCAAAACGCGAACGCAAGAACGAGCAGAGACAGCUCAAGCGAGAGUAUCGUCAGGAGAAGCGUGAGCUUCGCGCUGAAUAUCGCAACGAGAAGAAAGAGAUGCGAAAGAGCUCUGUCAAUUCGCUUUUGAACGGUGUAUCGAACUUGAUGAAGUAAUCGAGAGGUGUGAUAGGCUUUGUUGUUUG